ACCAAUCAGCGUCGCGGAGGCGGAGCGCGUCGGGCGCAUUCUACUUCCCUACAUUGGAGAGAGUGGGGACUCACAACACAAACGGGCGGUCCAUCAUCACCAACAUCAUCAUCACCACACUGGAUCUGCAAAGAUCAACCGUGGAAGAGCGUCGCAAGCCGCAUCGGCCAUUGACUGCACAUCAACACGGGCGUAAAGACAUCAGAUCCGCUGGAAAUGGCAGGGAUUCUGGUGUGGUUCUGGAACGAGAGGUUCUGGCUCCCGCACAACGUAACCUGGGCUGACUUGAAAAAUACAGAUGAGUCAACCUUUCCACAAGCCGAGGAUCUGUAUCUAGCGUGUCCUUUAGCAUUCUGCAUGUUUAUGAUCCGGCUGGUCUUUGAGAGGUUUAUUGCAAGACCAUGUGCACUAGGUCUGAAAAUCCAGGCCAAUGGACCGCAGAAGGCUCAGCACAAUGCCAUUCUGGAAAAGGUCUUCACUGCCAUCACCAAGCACCCCGAUGAGAAGAGGUUAGAGGGUUUGUCCAAGCAGCUGGACUGGGAUGUGAGGACCAUCCAACGCUGGUUCAGACAACGACGCAACCAAGAGAAACCCAGCACGCUGGCGCGCUUCUGCGAGAGCAUGUGGAGAUUCACGUUUUACCUGUACAUAUUUACUUAUGGUGUGCGGUUCCUGAAGAAGACCCCGUGGCUGUGGAACACCCGAGAGUGCUGGUACAAUUACCCCUAUCAGCCGUUAACCGUGGAUUUGCAUUACUACUACAUACUGGAGCUGUCCUUCUAUCUGUCGCUGCUCUUCUCGCAGUUCACAGACAUCAGAAGAAAGGACUUUCUACUGAUGUUUCUACAUCAUGUGGCCACCAUCUCUCUGAUCACCUUCUCAUAUGUGAAUAACAUGGCACGGGUGGGAACGCUCGUCAUGUGUCUGCACGAUGCUGCGGACGUUCUGCUGGAGGCUGCUAAAAUGGCCAACUACUCCAAAUGCCAGAGACUCUGCAACGUCCUGUUCGUCAUGUUUGCCCUGGUGUUCAUCAGUUCCAGGCUGGGAGUGUAUCCUGUAUGGAUUUUAAACACUACUGUGUUUGAGAGCUGGGAGAUCGUUGGGCCGUAUCCAUCGUGGUGGGUGUUUAACAUGCUGCUCGUCCUGCUGCAGGCCCUCCACACCUUCUGGUCGUAUCUCAUAGUGCGCACCGCCUACAGGGCCAUUUCCAGAGGAAAGGUGGGAAAAUGGAAUCCUUUACAUGUGUCAAAGGAUGACCGCAGUGACAUUGAAUCCAGCUCUGACGAAGACGAGGUUCUUCCUCCCUCUCAGAAACACCACACUAACGGGACCAACGGGGCUCACGGCACCAACGGCUACCUGUUCCCGUCCCCGUGUCCAGACGAACACUAACCUAUCCGCCCAGCAUGGAGGACGUUUUACUGGGUCCCAGCUGCAGAUGGUACCUGCAUCACUCUCCAUUGUGUCAAACCAUGUAUGAACAUUACCGGUCCGUUCCCGUACUGGAACUACUCAAUAAUGUGAAUGCAGUUCUGUUUCGGUUGGUCGCUUUUCACCAUUUCCCCCAGAUGUUUUGUGUUUCGUUCGUUCGCUUUUGUUUUUGUGGUCGUUUAUCCUGCGCCAUUUGUUAUCGAAGCACCUUUUAGAUUCAGUGCUGCUCACUCUUUCGUUUCAAGCAGGCGAAUGAAAGCGCCGUUCGUUCUUUCUUUCAGCAUGCUGCUGCGGUCAUGUAUUCUGGAGAAUCAUGGGAAUAGUAGUUUUCUUGGAUUAGUGUCUUUUUGUAUUUAUUUAUUUGUUGUAUCUUUAAUAAAUUUGCAUUUUCCGUGCUGCUGUUUUUUUUUUUUUUUCAACAUGUGUACCCCCUUUCCAUGAAAAGACGACGGUGCUGGAGCCGGUGCCCAGUCUGGAACCAUUCGGCACAUUUCCACAGAAGAAAAGGCUUUGAAUCAGCCUCGUAGGCCUAAAACAUGCUCUAUGCAAGUACAGUAUGUGAAUGUCAAGCACAUUCAGCUGAUGCAUUGUUGCAUUUCGAAAGAGAUUGCAAUUCAAAACACAUUUUAAACAACAUUUUGCUACAUCUGAAAUUAAAUACUAAGCGAAACACAGUACAGUGUGUCUGAAUACAUAGCAUUGAAAAACAGGCGGGAAGUAUCCGGAUGACCUACUACUUCGGAUGACCUACUGCAAGUGUUUUUUGCUAGUUUCAGCUCAGUUAUCAUUUUCACAUCCUGCGCCACAUUGUUUAAAUAGCAAAUGCACUCGUGCCCAUCUGUUCGCCCAUGGGCGUGCUGGUCUGAAAAUGAGAUGUGUUCAGGUGCAUUGUUGGCGUGUUGCUAUUUUGAGGCAACUGAAACGACUGCACCAUUGACCAACUAAAAUCUGCUCUAAAGUCAAUGGUGCAGUAUUUUUUAUUAUUUAAAGGGCAUGUUAGUAAUAUGCACCUAAAGGCACGCGCAGCAGCACACAAACAUGUCAAAUAUUAAAAAUAAAAGGAUUCCUCUCUGGAGAAGCGUUCAGUCUUUCCGCUUGCAAAUUCCACCAUGUAAAUAGCGAAUCCACCAUGGCGCGAGCGAACCUGGCUUUUAAAGGGAAUGGGAGAUGACACUGUGAUUGGUUUAUUGCACAUUAUGCCCAAAACACACACAUGACUCAUUAAGAGACUAGGGACAACCCUUUUGGACCAUGCGCCUGGCGCGUUGACCAUAUUUUCCGUCGUUUUACUGCACCUUUAAGCACAGCAAUGCACUUGUGGGAAGGUUAUGCAGUAACAUUAUUUUGCAUUAUUCAGCUCUCAAGUCGAAGUCGAGAGAUUCACAGAUAACCAGCUGAGCACCGGCUAUGACACGAGUACCAGCAUCGUUUUCGUGGAAAAGGGGUAACAAUGUUUUAAAUAGGGCGAAUUACUGAAGUCAAUCAAUUUGCUCAAAUUUAUCAUUUGUUCAAAUAAAUCACUAUAAACUAUUGGUUUAUCAGAAAUCACUCACGUUCCUUCAAACAAAUUUUCACAAAUGCUCAAAAGUUUGGAGUUGGCAAGAAGUUUUUGAAAGGAGUCUCUUCUGCUCACCAAGGCUGCAUUUAUUUGAUCAAAAAUACAGUAAAAAAACAGUAAUACUUUUUUUUACUAUUUGAAAAAUAACAGAUUUUUGUUAUGUUUUAAAAGUGUUAUUUAUUCCUGUGAUGCAAAGCUAAAUUUUCAGCAUCAUUAUUCCAGUCUUCAGUGUCACAUGAUCCUUCAGAAAUCAUUCUAAUAUGAUGAUUUGCUGCUCAAGAAACAUUUAUUAGUAUUAUCAAUGUUGAAAACAGAUGUGCAGCUUAAUAUUGUUAUUGAAACCAUGAUACAUUUACUUCAGGAUUAUUUUAUGAAUAGAACAUUCAAAAGAACAGCAUUUAUUUGAAAUAGAAAGUCACAUUUGAUCAAUUUAAUGCAUCCUUUGUGAAUCUUACUGUCCCCAGACUUUUGCUGCAUUAAUAAUGGAAACCCUUUAUCAGUGUUUGAUGUGCUGCAAAAAAGGGACACUUACUUAUUGGAGGUAUUUUAUCAAAUAAUCUUCCCUGUCUUUAAAAAAAAACAUUGGAUUCUGCUUCUUUUAAGGAAAGUUUUAGGAAGAAACUUGCACCUUUGGAAAGUGUUUGUGUUUUUCCAGGAAUAUUCCAAUGUGAUUUCACUUGAAUGAAAUGGUGAAAUUGGGCUAUUUAUCAAGUGAUUAUGAUCAAUACCAUUGAUUCAGCACGUGUAAAGAAUUGAAUGUCCCAUGAUUAUAUUUGAUAUUCAUUGAAUCCCAGUCAUAUUUCCAAUAGUGCAUAAUCAGGCCCAUCAUAAAUAAGGUUUAGUUUUGUUAAUGUGCACAGUAAGAACAAGGUACAUAUGAGUUUAUGAAAUAUAUCAAACCAUCACAGUUUGAGACCAACAUACAGUGAACAUACACUUUGAUUAAUAAGUGACACCAAACACUGGUUGUAUUUUUGUUCUAUUUUCCUUUUUUAUUAGCUUUUUUUGAGUUUAGAAAAAUAUUUUUCCCAUUUUCCACAUGCAUUUGAUCAUCAUUCAGCCGAGCUUUAUUUAAAGCUUUUUAUUUGAGUGUUUUAAUGCCGUUUCUUUCAGUGUUGGGAAGAUUGCUGCUGCUGUCUGUUUAAAGCUGGAGAAGCGCUACAGCUAAUUAGCUCAUCUUAUUUGCACUGCAGACAGGUUGCUGUGUUAUGUGGUUUACAUUUGAUGUCAAAAAGGCGAAGAAUUAAAUUUAAAAAAAAAAAGAAAAAAAAAGACAACUGUAUUCUCUGCCUUCGCUGGAAAACUGAUUAUCAGCGGUACUAAUGAAUUAUGUUGCCAUGUAUUUUAAAUAAACACGACAGACCAAAA